AUGGACGAGUUUGGUGUUCUCACGGAGCGUUAUGGGAUAAAGCCCCAAGGAAAAUCUGCUCCAAUGGCUGCCUUGAAGCGUUCCGUCAAUCCUAACAACGAUCAGAGCUGGAAUUUUGGCCCAGGCUCUGGUGUGAAUGCGAAAACAGCAACGACGUCGUAUUCUUCGAAUAAGGAAUCUGGUAAAGCGUCCUUGUACGAUGGCGACGACAUUUUCUUUCCUUCGAGUUCCAACAAUAGGAAUGGCGCGAAUUCUAGUGGGUUCGGCGAUUUUGAUGUUUUCGGUGGGUUGAAUUUGAACAAGGCAGCUUCCGGUAAUAGUAAUUCGUCUUUGAACGACGAUUUGUUCUCCAAUUUCGGGAAUUCCGGGAAGAAAUCCGCUUCUCCAGCGCAGGGUUUUGAAGCUGAUGACUUGUUUGGUGUCAUGCCUGGGUCUAAAAGCUCGGCUAACGUUAGCAAUGAUGAUUUAUUUGGUGGGCCGUUCCCUUCGUCGACGAAGCAAUAUGCUCAAGUCGAUGAUUUGUUGGGUGGAUUUGGAACCAAAUCGAAGAGCUGGAACGAGAACAGCUCUGUGGGUAUGGAGAAAAAUGUUGCUGCUCAUGAUGAAUUGUUACCCGGUUUUGGUGGAAGUGCGCAGACGACUAUCAGCAAGACUACCGUAUCGAACUUUGCUGCUGCUGAUCCAUUUGAGGUUCUAGAAUCAACUAUGUCUGCACCACAUUCUUCUUCAGCUCCGUUUGUUGAUCCACUAGAAGAAUUUGCUGCUUCAGUCAAUUCUCAGGGGAAAAAAACAUCCAAUACCUCACAGACCUCUACGAAACUCAAGCCUCCGCCUAAACCAACACAAAAAGUGGACAGAGUUAAUAGCUCAGGAAUGGCUUCAAUAGACGAACUUGAAGACUUUGCCAAGGGUACUAUGCGACGUAGUGCCUCGGCUUCUGACGCUGCUAGUAAAUACAGAGAAGCUGAAGAUGCUGGGACAAAGAAAAACCAUGUUGGACUAGAUGAUCUUGAUACCUUUUUCAGCUCUGGGCAUCGGUCCAGCAGUGUACCAAAAUCACGGACUACAACUGAAACAACUCGCAAGCAAGCAUCCAACGUGCCAAAAAAGACCCCUAAUGGGGUUUCAAGUGUAAAGAAGCCUCCUCCUUCUGCUCCAGCAAAUCUGGUGGAUGACUUUUCUGCACUUUUUGGAGAGGAUCCUAUAUUUAGACAAUUUGAGGAAAUCCCAGGGGAAAGCGAAGAACGAAGAAAGGCCAGAUGGGAUCGUGAGCAGAGAACAAAGAGCCGUGUGGCACAAGCUGUAGCUGAUAUGAAUAACCGUGAUCAUCAAUCUCGCGUUGAACAAGAACAGAGAACUAGGAUUUCUGAGACUGUUGAUGCUGAGAUAAGGCGUUGGGCAACUGGAAAAGAAGGAAACAUGCGUGCGCUGCUAUCUUCCUUGCAAAUCGUACUCUGGCCCGGAUGUGGUUGGGAGACCGUUUCUCUGACAGAUUUGAUCACCUCUUCAGCAGUCAAGAAAGUCUAUAGAAAGGCAACACUGUAUGUCCAUCCGGAUAAAGUUCAACAGAAAGGAGCCACCCUUGAACAAAAGUAUAUCGCCGAAAAGGUUUUUGACAUUUUGAAGGAAGCUUGGAACAAGUUCAACAAAGAGGAGCUCUCUUGA